CCCAAAUGAAAUGAAGUGAAGUACGAGAGUCUGGUAGAACCAUGGACAUAAUAGAACCAGGCUACAUAGACCCAUGAUGCGGAAGCAUAUCUCUCCUUGAUGUUGCCCUGCGCCACUGAGCAGUACAUAUGUGCCGUGGGCUCUACCAGAAGGGGCGGGACUUCGCCCAAGUUUUCCCGCUUCUUCUCAGUUUGGGGCCGAAUCAACUGAACAAUAGAAUCUCGGAUCUCCAUUUUUGUGCCAUUCAAGUGCAUGUGACGAUUGAUCUGGACUCAAGCUGUAGGCCUACCAGUCAGAUGAAUAACUCAGUGGAGGAGGAGGACUUUGCGGAUAUCAGGGCCUACUUUUCCACAACAAAAUGGAACCGCCUCUGUAUGGCAGAGAAAAAAAGAUUCCUGCAGAUCAAGGAAAACCAUUUGGUUCUGGCGUCUCUUGGCCUGUCCUUUGUGGCUCCAGCAUUCAUGAGGAGAGAGAAGCCCGGCCAGGUGAGAGUCUGCUCACCUGACGAGACAGACUCUGAGGAGGAGCAGCUCUGGUCCUCUGGAUUGACCGGUGCUCGAGUGUGGAAGCCACCAACAGUCAGACAGGGGUCUCUACAACAGCCCAGUACGUCAGAUGCAGUGUCUGUACAGAGUCUCUCAGGGCGGGGCUGGAGUGACCAGGAGGUCUCUGGAGGGCCCACUCCUUCUCAUCCAGAGAUCGACCCCCCCGGAGGAGGAGUAGAGAGGGGCUCUGCUGUCCAGGAGGAGGUCUCCUUGGUUCUCCAUGAACAUUUGCAGGGCUCAAGUGUUUAUUCAAGAGAGAUGAACCUGAGAAAUGUUCUCAGAGUUAACUACCAAGAACCGGAAGUACCUAAGGAUGACGACUACUUCUUCUGUGAUGAGUGUAGGACUUUCUUCCUCGAAGAGUGCCAGGUCCACGGUCCUAUCGUCUUCAUGGCUGAUCGCCCCGUUGCUGUCAGAGAGAAAGACAGAGCCAAGAAGACGCUGCCCGCUGGGUUUGAGAUCAGAGAUUCUGGGAUACCUGGGGCUGGUCUAGGGGUGUUUUACUGUGGAGACGGUGGCCUUCCCAUUGGAACACACUUUGGACCCUACGAAGGACACAGGACCGAUGAAGAGGGAGCCCUGGAGAGUGGAUACUCCUGGGAGAUCUACAAGAGCAGACACAGUGAUUACAUUGAUGCAAAGAGAGAGACACUUUCUAACUGGAUGAGGUACGUCAAUUGUGCUCGUAAUGAAGAGGAACAGAACCUAAUAGCGUUUCAGCACAAAGGAGGGAUUCUGUAUCGCACCUGUGGCUUCGUGACUCCAGGAGCAGAGCUCUUGGUCUGGUAUGGGGACGAAUACGCCAGACAUCUGGGAAUCGGAUUUGAUCGACUGUGGAACAUCAAGAGCUCUACUAAAGGAGGGAGAUCCCAGCUGACACCAGCACAGGCUUUCCCCUGUCCCGAGUGUCCGUACUCCUACACGUCUCAGAUCUUCCUCCACAAACACAUGAAGAGGAGCCAUGGCGACCUGUACGGCCGACUGCUGAGGAGUGGAGAAAUCAAGGUGGAGCCUAGGCUCCUCCCAUACGUCGCAGCCUCCUAUCAAGAACCGAUCGGAGCCUCCCCGGGAACAGUCCAAAGCACGAGCCAGAUUCCAGCAGAAGGAGCCGGACAACACAGAUGUGAGAAGUGCAGUAAAACCUUUAGUCGCUCUUAUAGUCUGAAGGUUCACCAGCGCAUCCACACGGGAGAGAACCCAUACCACUGUCAACAGUGUGGGAAAACAUUUAGUAGAUCUGGUCGUCUGAAGGAACACCAACGCAUCCACACAGGAGAGAAACCAUACCACUGUCAACAGUGUGGGAAAACAUUUAGUACAUCUGGUCCUCUUAAGGUACACCAACGCAUCCACACAGGAGAGAAACCAUACCACUGUCAACAGUGUGGGAAAACAUUUAGUCAGUCUGGUGAUCUGAAGAAACACCAGCGCAUCCACACAGGAGAGAACCCAUACCACUGUCAACAGUGUGGGAAAACAUUUAGUACAUCUGGUCCUCUUAAGGUACACCAACGCAUCCACACAGGAGAGAAACCAUACCACUGUCAACAGUGUGGGAAAACAUUUAAUCAUUCUGGUCAUCUGAAGGAACACCAACGCAUCCACACAGGAGAGAAACCAUACCACUGUCAACAGUGUGGGAAAACAUUUAGUAGAUCUGGUCCUCUAAAGGUACACCAACGCAUCCACACAGGAGAGAAACCAUACCACUGUCAACAGUGUGGGAAAACAUUUAGUACAUCUGGUCCUCUAAAGGUACACCAACGCAUCCACACAGGAGAGAAACCAUACCACUGUCAACAGUGUGGGAAAACAUUUAUUAAAUCUGGUAAUCUCAAGCGUCACCAACAACUUCACAGAGGAGUCUCCACCCAAACAACCAUGUGAAGAAACUAAAUGGUUCCCAGACAUCUGUUAUUCAAAUCUAAUCAAACAUGGUUCUUGCUGUUAUGUUAGAAGGGCACAUGAAUGGUUAAUUGUUCAUCUUAUCAACUUUAUGUAUUUAUUUAUAUUCAUGUCUGUAUGAGUGAAGGUUUUUACCCCAAAAAUGUUCAGAAAAAAAAUAGUUUGAGAGAUAAUGUUGUUAUCUGAAUUAUUUAAUUUCAUUCGUCAUCAGUAAGGUAUCGUAGAUCUGACGUCAUUGUUAUAUUUAUUACAUUUGUAUGUAUUUAUUUAUUUAUCCUGUAGAAAUUCAAAUAAAAUCAGAUAUGCAGU